GAGAUCACCUGAUUUUACAGCUUCCUUAAAGCGUAAACAGUGCUACUCUCAGGAGAUCCCUAAGUUGUUUAAACGGGUUAUGAAGGAAAUGUUGCAUGUUUUAUGACACCAUACCAUGUUUGAACUUGAGGACAGAAAUGCAGCGCGUCUGUGACAAGAGAGCAUCAUUAUAUUGAUGAAUCGUUGAGGUCAGGUUGGCGUUGCUGUGUGGGCAUGGGUGCUUUCCCUCGCUGGUCCAAAUGGCGAAUAAAGGGAGCGACGAGGUGGAAAAAUUGAAGACAAAGUUCAUGUCAAUGUGGCACAAUGUGAAGUACAGUUGGGCACUUAAAUCCAAGACUCCAUUCAGUAGAAACUCCCCAGCGUUUCUUCUGGGGAAGUGCUAUCAUUUUAAGGCAGAAGAUGACGACUGUCCCUCUGAAGACUGGCAUGAAUUCUCUGAUGAGAACCUCGUCAUGGGGAACGUAGAGGCUUUCCGAAAGGAUUUUACAUCUCGUUUGUGGCUAACGUACCGGGAAGAUUUCCCUCCGCUGCCAGGCAGCACUCUGACCUCAGACUGUGGCUGGGGCUGCAUGCUGAGGGCCGGGCAGAUGAUGAUGGCUCAGGCUCUUGUUCUGCAUGUCUUGGGCAGAGACUGGUCUUGGCCAGAGGCGCUCACCCUCCAACCCUUAGAUGUAGAAACGCGGACCACCACAGCAGCUAAGCGACUUGUCGCUUCUCUGCAGGGCAACCCCAGGAUUUCUGAAAGCAGACAGUCUCUUGCACCUCAAGCCCAGGCGUCAGGAUCAGCAGAGGAAGCAGAUGCACAUUUGAAGGAGAUGGACCACAGAAAUCUGGUGUCCUGGUUUGCGGACGUCUCCUCAGCUCCACUGGGUCUGCACAGUCUGGUCCGUUUAGGAAUGAUGAUUGGAAAACAGGCAGGGGACUGGUAUGGUCCAGCUAUGGUAGCACACAUCUUGAAGGAAGCUGUCAAGGAAGCGAUGGAGCCUGGCUUGGCGAGUAUAACUGUCUACGUCUCCCAGGACUGCACAGUGUACAAUGAGGAUGUCAUGGACUGCCACAAGGCCCUGAAAGCAGGAGAAACCUCUGGUGAGGCAGCAGAUAGUCCUCCUGUUGCACAAAAAAGUCAACUGUCAACGACCCCCACACUGCCAGAGAACCAAGCUGUCGUCAUCCUCAUCCCUGUGAGGCUCGGAGGAGAAAGGACAAACCCAGAGUAUUUUGACUUUGCAAAAAGGCUAUUGCGUCUGGAGUACUGCAUAGGCAUCAUUGGAGGGAAGCUCAAGGAGGCCUGCUACUUUGUGGGAUUUCAAGGUCAGUGCCAGCAUAAUGGAAAAUGGAGAAAGAUACAUUCACGCAGAGAUGACAGCUUGAUUUACAUGGACCCUCAUUACUGUCAGUCUUUUGUGAAUGUCAGCACCAGCGAUUUCCCUCUUCAGUCAUACCAUUGCCCCUCACCAAAGAAGAUGCCUUUCAGCAAGAUGGAUCCAAGCUGCACUAUUGGUUUCUAUUCUAGAAGUGCUCAAGAUUAUGAGAGAAUCAGGGAAGAAGUGUCCAAGGUGCUGGAGCAGUCAAUGAAGGAGAAAUAUCCGCCGUUUACUUUUUUGCAAGGUCGCAGCGCAGAUUAUGACCUGUCGGUGGGUCUGAGCACAGAGAAGCGGGAAUGGCCCUUUAUUAGGGAAUCACGCAGAACCGUCACCACAGCUGGAGACUUUGUGCUUCUCUGACAGCCCAGUUUGACGGUACAGGAAAUGUUCACUCAUAACGAUUCUAACUGUUGAAAUUCACUGCAUUAUGUCUGUCAGUGUUUGUCUGGCAGUGCAAACUGUGGAUUAUUCUUUUUGGGAAGUUAUUUGACAUUAUGUGUUCUACUGAAUCUAAAUUCAUAACAUUUUUUUUACAUGUAGAAUUAAUAAGAAAUUUGUAUUUUGCAUCACUAUUUAUAUUUUUGUAGUCACUAUGUUUAUGUCAAUGGUUCAGACAUCUUAAGUUGUCAAAAGUUGGGUUUCAUUUGUAAAAAAACAAUCCAACUUUGGAAGGUCAUAAAAAAUAUCUACAAUAGAAAUAAGCACAGCUUGCACUGCUCUUGAUGGAACAUUGUUUUGCAUCUAAACUAGCUGAAGUCUGCAGUAUGAUUAUUAAAUUAAGUAUGUAGGGAGUAAAUUAACAGCCAUAAUGUUUUGAACAAAGCUAUAAGUCAUUUUUAAAAUGUAUUUUUUUCCCCCCAAAUGAAACCCCAGGUUUAGUAUUUGGUUGUAUUUGUUUUGAAGAUAUAUUUGUAUAAUUUUGACUCGGUCCUGAUCUUUCAAUACCAACAGUGUCAGGCAGAUGUGUUUGGAAUAGGAUCUCCAGCUAGAGCAGCACUUUUUAUAAUCUGUGCUAGUAAAUACUAAUCGGUAAAUACCAAGUCAGGUUGUGCCAACUUAAAACAGUAACGCAACCAAAUUUGACUUGUUCAGUUUAUGAUUUAUCAAACAAAUACACAAAAUUGUAUCCAAUGACACUACAUAAUUGGUGGAGGCAUUUUCAAGUAAACAAAAAAUCAUAAAAUGGUCCUAAAAGUCAUAAUUUCAAGAAAAAUACAAACCCUGGCCUCAAUAUUUAGUGUUGGCAGCAGUAAGAAAAACUAUCUGUUAAGUAUUAUAAACACAUAAUACUGGGCAGCCUCUUCUAGACAACAUGUUACCACUUUUGACAAAAUUUGAUAUGGUGGCAACUCAUGAUGUCAGUAAUAAGUAGCCUGAGCUCUGAGCAAAGCAUCUGCUUUUUAAACUUGGAACUAGAACAUGAUUAGUUGGGUUUGAUGUUAUACCCAGAUCCAGGUUUCGACUUCAUAGGUAAAUAGACCACAGCAUUAAUAGCCGAAAAAUAUUUAUUCCUGGCUCGCGGUUGUCCCAGUUAUUUACCAGAUGUUUUUUUUUUUUUUUUGAGAAAAUUAAAGGCAGAUUAAUUUAUUGAGUUAUUAUUCUUAAAGAUAUUCAUUGUUAUUACUCUAAUAAGUGUUACUACUUUUGCAGUUUGAGAUUCAUGAAUCUAGAGCUGUGAUUCCUAAACUUUGUAUGCUAGCUACACAGAUGCAUAAUUUAAAGAACUUAUGGCAUUAACAUUUAAUUUAUUUUUUUUAAACAUCUUUUCUAGCUUUUACAUCAAAAAUGCAUUUCACCAUUUUUUUCUUGUAUAGUUUGUUCUGUAAAAGGUUUUUAAGACUGCACACUGAGUGAUUUGUAACACUGUGAGGUACCGAACCACUGAUCUAGAGUAUUUACAAUGUGUUCCAGGUAAAGUGAACACCUUAAAUAUUAUUUCACUUCAGCACUUUACGUGAAGUCCAAGUGCCAUUUAAAGUAUUUAAAGCGGGUAGAGGAACUAUUUCAGUUUCUGUACUUUCUAUUCUUAAUCUAGAUUAAACUGUGAAACACAUGAAGGAAAAAAUGCACACAUUGAAGGAAGUUCUUCACAAUUCAGCACAGAGUUCACUUAAGUUAUAGUAGAGCUUUUUCUUUCUUUUUCAACAGUAAUAUAUCAAAGUCUUGUGUGACACCAUACCACCAAUGUGCUUUGAUUGCUUAACUGGAAGAUUGCUGGUGUGAAUCAUCUAUUUAUGAACAGCAUAUUUCCAUCAGCAUGAAUCAAAGUCAGAAAAUUGCAAUAUAAAGACACAUUUACUGUAUGAAUAAAUAUUACUUUUUAUCUAAGGUGCAUUUGACAGUCCUGCUGUAAAUCUUUCAAAUAUUCUCUGAUGCAUUUCCACUUAUUUCCCUCAGUUCCAACAGUAAAUAAGUGAAAUUCACUGCAAUAAUUACAGAAUAAUCUAAAAUUAACAUGAAGUACACUAGCUAAUGUGUCCAAAUGUCAUUGUCACUUAAACAUUAUAAAAUAUUCUUGUGUUCUUUUCUACACAAAAAAUGUUUUUCUGUGAAUUUACUUCUGAAAUGUUCAAUAAAAUGUUGAAUAAAAGAGCUAAAAGUA